GACACGUGUCAGCCGUGCGGGGCGUCGCAAACAUGGUGAUCUUCAGUGUGUACGUGGUGAACAAGGCCGGAGGUUUAAUUUACCAAUAUGACAAUUAUGUCCCGAGAGCGGAGGCCGAGAAAACGUUUAGCUACCCUUUAGACUUGGUGCUGAAGAAUCACGACGAAAAGGUGGUCGUAUCGUUCGGGCAGCGGGACGGAAUCCGAGUGGGCCACGCAGUGCUGUCCAUCAACGGAGUUGACGUGCAAGGCAAGAACACCGCAGACGGGAAGGACACCCUUGAAUAUUUAAAGGAUCCUGCUAAUUAUCCGGUGUCUAUUCGCUUUGGACGGGCCCGACUGAGCUCAAACGAGAAGCUGAUGCUGGCAUCCAUGUUCCACUCGUUGUUUGCUAUUGGUUCCCAGCUGUCUCCUGACGUCGGCAGUUCAGGGAUUGAGAUGCUAGAGACGGAUGUCUUCAAACUCCACUGUUUCCAGACGCUCACAGGGAUAAAGUUCAUCGUGCUGGCAGACCCUCGACAGUCUGGUAUUGAUGCAUUAUUGAGGAAGAUAUACGAGAUCUAUUCGGAUUUCGCACUCAAGAACCCGUUUUAUUCUCUGGAAAUGCCAAUCAGGUGUGAACUCUUUGACCAGAAUCUGAAGGGUGCACUGGAAAUUGCAGAGAAGGCGGGAAACUUUGGAGCUGGAUCUUGAACUAGGGGAGACUAGAUAUGUGCAAUGAUUUCCACAACAGACUGACUUCAUACGAAGGUGGUUCAAAAUUCAGUUAAGAAAAAACUAAACAAAUUGGUUUUUUUGUUUUAUAAGUUGGUGUCGGAUCGUUAAUUAACACAUUGUAAAUAUAUAUUAUGUUUUGUAAAUACUUGAAAUUAAAUACAUUUUUGCA